GCCCCCCAGGGACAGAUGUACUUGGAUAACAAAGAUUGCAGUACAGUUACUAGACAACAAGAGAUGGAGCUGAAUCAGACAUCAUCACAUCAGACCAGUUUAUCUGCAAAGGUGGCAGCCAAACCAAUGACCAGAAGUUGCAACGAGCUGCAGUUAUUAAAAGAGUAUCAUGGCAUGGUAGCAAGUCUCGGAGAUCCACAGACCCUGUGUGAAAAAUCAGCAAUAGGGGAGGAUGGCUGCAUUGCUCUGGGAGAGGAUUUCACUCCUGUGCCCAUGCAGGGAAGAUACCACUUCAAUUUUUCAAAAUUAUUCAGCUUGAGGUCAAAAAGCACUGUUUUUACAGAAAAGACACCACUACUGAAGGUUUCCUCAGAGGAAAAUGGGUUGCAGUGUAUGGCUCUUCAUAAUCCAGAUUUUACCACAGAUGAUGAUUCAUGGGACAACAGCUCUGCAGAAUUUGAGCAAAGGUUUCAACUGGAAAGUGAGAUGGCAAGUUUCCCUAGAUCUACUUCUUCUGAGAAAUAUGAAAUCUUGGACAACCUUCAUGUCAAGUUCAAUUUAUCAAAGAUGAGAUGUUGCCUAAAAUUCCUGAAAGUUUCAGGCCUCUUUAUCUUUGUAGUUGUCUGCUCUAUUUUAUUUGGCAUUUAUCCAGAUCAAGGUAUGCCCUGGCAGAUGUUGGCUGUAUCACCUCUGGAAAGCUUCUCUAUGAAUCUGACUGACUUUCGUGAUUCUGCUCUGUUGAAGUUAGACAUAGGAGGCCCAUUUGGGGCACAAGUAGUUGAUGAGCAAACAGAGGAAUACAUCGUAGUGCAAAUCAGCCAGAAUGAAGACACAGGAUCAAGGAGGAGGCGCCAGCAGCAGGUGGUGUACAACUGGUCUCUACCCUUAAGUUCAAGAAGAAAUCAGCAGAUCAUCACAACUAGAACCUUUCAGAUACCAAACAGAGGCACCAUUUUCAUAAACAUUCAAGCUUUCCUGCAGGAGUCUGGAAGUGUUCCUCUCUCCAUGAAGCAUCAGUACCUUCAUGCAAAUAUAGAGGCACAAGUAACAGUUGCAUCCAUCAUCUUAGUAGGUGUCUACGUGCUGAUCAUAUUGGAAAUUGUUCACAGGACCCUUGCAGCCAUGCUGGGCUCUUUGGCUGCUUUAGCCGCCUUAGCCAUUGUUGGGGAGAGGCCAAGUAUGGUCAAAGUGGUGGAGUGGAUUGACUAUGAGACACUGGCAUUAUUGUUUGGAAUGAUGGUUUUGGUGGCCAUAUUUUCAGAGACCGGAUUCUUUGACUAUUGUGCAGUAAAGGCUUAUCGGUUUUCUCGAGGCAAGGUGUGGGCCAUGAUUAUAUUUCUGUGCCUUAUUGCUGCAAUUCUUUCUGCAUUUUUGGACAAUGUUACCACUAUGCUGCUCUUUACUCCAGUAACCAUAAGGCUCUGUGAAGUACUUAAUCUUGAUCCUAGGCACGUCCUGAUUGCGGAAGUAAUCUUCACAAAUAUUGGGGGGGCUGCCACUGCUGUUGGAGAUCCUCCAAAUGUGAUUAUUGUUUCAAAGCAGGAGCUGAGGAAGAGGGGAUUGGAUUUUGCAGCCUUCACAGGGCAUAUGUUUUUGGGUAUCUGCCUUGUUGUUCUGGUGUCCUUUCCUUUUCUCAGACUUCUUUACUGGAACAAAAAACUUUACAAUAAGGAGCCAAGUGAAAUUGUUGAGCUGAAACAUGAGAUCUAUGUUUGGAGGCUGACAGCUCAGCGCAUCAACCCAGCCAGCAGAGAGGAGACUGCUGUGAAAUGCCUCUUGAUGCAGAAGGUGCUGACUCUGGAGAUGCUCCUGAGGAAGAAGCUGAUGACAUUUCACAGGCAAAUUUCACAAGAAGAUAAGAACUGGGAAACAAAUAUCCAGGAACUUCAGAAAAAACACAGAAUAACAGACAAAAUUCUUCUCAUUAAAUGUCUGACAGUACUGGGAUGUGUUAUUCUUAUGUUUUUCCUCAACUCAUUUGUUCCAGGCAUCUACCUAGAUCUUGGCUGGAUUGCCAUGUUGGGAGCCCUUUGGCUGCUAGUGCUAGCAGACAUCCACGAUUUUGAGAUGAUAUUGAACAGAGUUGAGUGGGCAACCCUCCUUUUCUUUGCAGCAUUGUUUGUUCUCAUGGAGGCCUUGGCUCAUUUGCACUUAAUAGACUAUAUAGGAGAGCAGACUGCUCUGUUAAUAAAGGUGGUUCCUGAGGAUCAGCGCUUGGCAGUGGCCAUCAUUUUAGUGCUCUGGGUGUCUGCUUUGGCCUCCUCUGUGAUUGACAACAUCCCCUUCACAGCUACGAUGAUUCCAGUGCUUCUCAAUCUGAGUAAAGAUCCAGAUGUUAACUUGCCUAUGAAACCAUUAAUCUUCUCAUUGGCCAUGGGUGCAUGCCUUGGAGGUAAUGGAACAUUGAUUGGAGCAUCUGCAAAUGUUGUUUGUGCUGGAAUUGCUGAACAGCAUGGUUAUGGCUUCUCUUUCAUGGAGUUCUUCAGGUUAGGUUUCCCCAUGAUGAUCGUGUCCUGUACCAUCGGGAUGUGCUAUCUUCUUGUUGCUCAUGUUGUAGUAGGUUGGAACUCAUAG